UCGGGAAUUAAUAGAAAGGCGGAAUCGAAUGAAUGCAGGGCAGUGGCAUUAAAAUUGAUUAAAUGCUAAAUAAUAAAUUUUUGUAAGAAAUCAAGCAGGCAGGAUGGCAGAUGAUCGUGAAAUAUUGAGAGAGAUUUGGGAAGGCCGUAUUCCAGUUACCUUUGUUUUAGCUGAGGAUGAAUCAUCAACAGAAAAUCCUGAACCUUGUGUGCUCAUGGUGUCAAGACUGACAUAUAUCACACUCAUAGCUGAGAAAAUUGAGAAGCAUUUCAAGAAGUUUACGGCAAUCGAUGAACAGGACGAAGUCUGGUUUGAGUCAAACGGACAGGCACUCAAAUGGCAUUAUCCAGUUGGAGUACUGUUUGAUCUGCACAUGCACGACAAGCCUUUGCCAUGGAGAAUUACAGUCCAUUUUAAGAAUUUCCCGGAAGAUGAAAUACUCCAUUGUAAGAGCAAAGAGGUGAUAGAAGCCCUGUAUAUGUCUAGUGUCAAGGAAGCAGAUGUCCUAAAACACAGAGGGCAAGUAAUGAACAAUCUGCAGCAAAAAGAUCACAAACAACUUUGGACCGGGCUACAGAGUGACAAAUUUGAUCAGUUUUGGACGACGAACAGACGAUUGAUGGAGAGACUGAACAACGAUCCAUUCAAAUACAUUCCGUUUAGAAUAUAUCAGAGUGACAAGCUGCAUGUUCAGAGAUUAUUCAAACCGGUCAAUGACGAAGGGGAACCCAGGACGUUGCGUGCUCUACUCAAAGAAACCAUGCCAAACAUCUUUGCAGAUCCAGAUACCAAAGACCACAAGGUAUUGAUCCAUGGUAUUGAGACUCCAAGGGAUACACCCGUUCAGUGGCUUAGUGAACACCUCAGCUACCCGGAUAACUUCCUUCACAUGUGCGUCUUACCUGCACAACCAAGCAAUGAACUCUGAUGCUGCGUUCAUACCGGCAAGCAGAGUCGUUGGGAGACUCACAGAGAUUCCUGCUAACUUUGAACGCUGCUGUGUUUACACUGGCAA